CCGAAACGAAAAAAAAAACUUUUUGGAAGUAGUAGGGUUCUUGAAGCCCUCCCUUUGAUGACCCCUCGACUAACCCACUGUUUCCCUCUCUUUGCCCUCGCUCGCGACCUCUCUUCUUUGCCUGUCUCUCUCCGAAAUGAGUCAAAAAGCGAACCCCUCAACGCAACCGCCGCAGGUGCCGAGCGUCUCAUCUCCGGCGACGGCUCCUCCUCCGUCCGGAUCCACUCCUUUCUCCCCUUCUUCUUCCUUUUCCAAAUGCGUAUUGCUUCUCGAGUGGUGGCUGCUCAAAUCCGACACUGAUUCCGGCGGGAAGAGGCUGGCAGUUGGCGGAUUGAACGCUUAUGGGAAACAAGUCACGAGAGUCUUCACCUCUGCGCCGAUUGUCACGCGGUUUGAUGCUUAUACCGUGGAGACUGCGGAUGGCAUCACUGUGAGGAUUCAGGGCUUCAUUAACAAAGCAAGGACUCAUCUCAAUGGCGUCCCACCUGAGGUCUCGCAAUGUUUCUUGAUUGGAUUUCCAUAUAACUGGGAUAAAUACGCCAAUGGGGAUUUUUGGGAGAAACCUGAUUCUCCAGCAGUUUCGAUGAGAUCUUCUGGUAUCAGCCGGCAAUUGGAGCAGGGUUCAUCUGACAUUUCUGCAGUAGAAAGGGACUCAAGUAAUUUAUUGCCAAUAGAGAGGGAGGACCCACAUCAUAAACUUGAAAGAGGACUGGGAGGUUAUGAAUUAAGGAGUAGGGAUCGUUCAAGAAAGACUGGCAUGAAGAAUACUGUUUCUUCUGAGAGUUCAAUAGGGAGAAAAGAUUGUGAUGAAGGUGAUGCUAAUUCGUUGAAGAUGAAAAGGAGUAUGGCUUUUGAACCAUCAGCUAAGGCUCCAAACGAGAGGGGGAACAGCCGUGAUUCAAGAUUGGUGAUUCAAAAUGAGUGCAGAUCUGUUACAAGGAAACACACAAUUCAUUCAGGAAUUGUUAAGCAUUGUGGUAUCAAGCAUGCCAAUAGUGUGGCUGCAGAUGUCCUUCAGGAAGGUCAUCCUCAUUUUUCACCAGAAGAGCCAGGUUCCGAACAUCAACAAGAGACUCCUGUGUCCCGUGAUGUUAUCAACAAAAAAUGUGCUGGUCAUUCUGAGCACGAUGACAGUUUGCGUAAAAGAAGCAAUAGCGUAUCCGUUAAAACAGUUAUCCAGUGUUCUGUUAAACGCACAAAUCAUUCAGGCAGUACAGCGCAACUUCAUUUGGACAGAGCUUCAGACUUAACUAGAAAGAGUACUGGGGAGCUUCCAGGCCUUUCUUGUCUGUUGUGUUGUUUCUUGGAGAAUCAGUCUGGAGCAUUGACAGAUGAAGAGCUAACCAGAAGGAAAAAAGAGCAUGCCAGUACGAGGAAGACAAUCUGGAAACCUAGUUAUUCACUGGAAAGUCCAUUGACUCGAGAUAAAGCUAAGAAAUUAUCUGUCACUUCCCCUGAGUUACUUGAUCUGAAAAGAUCUAGAUCAGGACGGUUACUUGUUCCUGCAUUAGCGAGAUGGUGUCAGAAGAUAAUCUAUGACACGGAUGGAUCCAUUACCGGACUUUCUGGCCUAGAUGAAUUGAACGCUCCAUGCAAAGGGAUUUAGUCAAAUUGUCAUAUGCGCAGGAAGCAGGUCGGAGCAACCAAAAAGGAGGAAGCCCCUGUGACAUACAUAUAUUAUACAAUAAAUCUAAGUACUUUUGUGCGUCCAACAGUUCUCUUAAAUCAAGAGUCGGAAUGAGUUUUGUAAAGCCUGUAGGUAAUUCGACCGUUUCCCUUUCAAGGAGAAAUGAACUUUGUAUAGUGCAAAUCAAAGCAAAUAUGGGAGCAAUGUGUAUAUUAUGCUUACCUUUUUUUUUCCUAAUUAUCAUUGGGGUUUUCUUCA